ACUUCACCACACAAAGCUGCUCUUUCUCCGUUUCCAGGGGAAAUUGUCCGUUACAAUUUAUUUUAUUAAAGGAAUAGGACUAAAUGAUCUAAAUGCCGAUUUCCAAUAUAACUGUGGAUUACAAUGGGAGCACGCAGACUCUGCCGGUGGAAAACGUGGUGGCUUGCGUUGUGCUUAGCUUGGCUUGUCUCAUUGGAAUACCCGGGAACUUGAUAGUGAUUUGUACAAUUCUUUUUAACAUUACACGCCGAUCUUCCACCAUUGUACUCAUUCUGACUCUGGCGGCGGCAGACUUCGUGGUUCUCGUCACUCUGCCGUUUUGGAUUUACUCUCUCACCGACGUGUGGAUUUUUGGAGUGCUGUUUUGGAAACUGACGCUUUACCUGAUCCUCAUGUCCAUGUACACCAGUGUGUUCCUUAUCUCGGCGAUGAGUUUGGAGCGUCUUUUGGGAGUUCUCCAGCCCUUUGCCAUUCAGAAGUGGCGGAAGAAAGGAACGAUCAUAAAAGUAAUUGUUUGCAUUUUGGCUAUAUCUUCGCUUCUCGCUCUGCCUAAUAUGACUCUUGAAAUCGAGCUUGACGCAAAGGGGCGCCCGAUGCGUCGAGUCUACUCCUCCAGCCAACAGGAGAUAGGGCUGCUCCUGCUGAUCACCUUGGCGGGGUUUCUAGUUCCCUUCACCACACUAAUGAUUUCUUACAGCGUCAUUUCCAAAAGACUAAAACAAAUGACCUGCCAAAGAAGAAGCAGAGCGGGCAAGUUAAUCGUAAGCAUUGUGAUCGCGUUUGUCUUGUGUUGGUUUCCAUAUCACGCCCUGAACCUUUGCCGUGUUACCUCGCUGUUGGCAAAGAAUUCAAAUGCCGCUUUCUCUAAUGCACUGGCCAUGAUUUACGGCCGAUUUAAGAACGCUGCCGGAGCCCUGGCGUUUAUCAGUAGCUGUGUUAACCCCAUCCUGUAUGCAUUUGCUGCUCGGAACUUUAAAACGGGAUUUAAAGCUUCAAAUCUCGCCAAAGUCUUUGAGCAGAUGAAUAGCAGUUUAAAAGAGAAGCGGGAGAAAGAGUCGAAUGACCACGAGCUUCGAUCUGAAUCGGCGUGUAUGCUCAAAACAUGAGGUCGCUUCAUCUGUCGAUGCGCAUUAAAGCCUUUCCCCAUGUCCUGCGCGCUUCUAUGUGAGUUACAGUGAAAGACAGUGGACGUGACUGAGUGUGAACACCAUGCUCCUCGAUUCAAAGCAAAACAACAAAAAGGAGCGCAUUAUGAUGUCCGCCUGCUGUCGGCUGCUUCGUCGGUGAUGUCUCCAGCAGGAGCCAGGAGUGGGGAAGUUGGCUGCUCGUGGUAUAAUGAAGUGUGAAGUAGGGCGUGCCCGCAUUCGGCAACGCCGGAUCAGUAAGAGACUAUUGAUUUUCAACAAAAGAGUUCAUCCACCUCCCCUCGAUAUUCAGUGGCGUUUCCACCAACAUUCCUGAAGCCACCACUGACCAGAGACCACUUUUGGUGUUUUGUAGUGCUUAACUUGUCCUCUCAAUCUGAAAGUACUGCACUGUUUUCAAGGCAUAAAUCUGGUGCGUAAAGACUUCUUGUCUGGAGAUGCAGUGUCACUUUACUCAAUAAAGUCACAUCUUCCCGAAGAUCAAAACUAGUUUGACUGGCGUUAAGGAGCAUGGCACCUUCACCACAGGGGCCCAGUGGUUGCAAUGCGUGCAGGCAACAGCUGCUACUGAAACAAAAGCUUUCUGUCGGCACUUCCCAUUACUGCAAUGUCCUCAGCCUAGAGGGGCACUGUGGGGAUGCCACUGCUAAGCUGUACAAAAUCCUCAGGUGAAAAUAUAUUGCUUUUGCUCCAUCAUGCCUGGGACAAAAAAAAUCCGUAAGACAUUCAUGUUCUAUGUUUUAUUAUAUGGAAUGCAGCAGUUCAUGUAUGCCAGUCCAGAACUUUUAGGUAUGGGUAACAGAUGCUAGCCUUGUGUGAAGGAUUUUAAGGAAAAUCAUGUAUAAUGUUGCUGAUCUAUUGUUCAAUAAACUCAUGUUGAAUAACGACCAAACUGGAUCUGGCUGUUGUGCUUUAAGAAUUGGUCGCUCAGAUGGCACUUGGAGACAGAUUUGGCCAAUGGCUAGUUCCAGUUCAGUUUGUGAAUAAUAUUCAGAUCCAGGAUUUGCUACUGUGCCAUGACAGGGUUGAGAUCUUGGAGGUGGAUUGUGGAGGCUGUAGUAUGUUGAAGGAGUGACUGUGGGAGGUACUUGGCAAGGAGAUCCACCAGCCCACAGCAAUGGUAGAGGGAAAGUUUAGCUGGGAUUGUUAGAAUGCAUUGCAAAGAAGAUGGUGAUUUUUGGAGAGGGCAUCAGCAACUUGCAGAGGAGGAGGAUUUAGAAGCACUAGAGCUUUGGAUGGUGGUGGAGGGGGAGACUAGAGAAUGAAUUACCACUUUAGCAGAAGGGGAAUUUGGAAAUUGGAUCAAAAUUUAGUAGCAUCGAAGGAUGUAGGAACAAGGUUUGGAAGGCUGGCUUCUAAUGGAUCUGGGUCUAGGAUGUCUGGCUUUGAAUUGUCUGUUGUCUGUGUGGCAGCAAUAUGUACUGAUUGGUAAAAACACUGCUGUGGUGUGAAUGCUUCACAGCUGUACUGCCAUCAGCUCAGAAGCACAACCCAGUGUCUCAGUAACGGUGGAGAAUAUUGUCCCGACGUGCUUAUAAAUGACUCUGCUUCCAAAAGCAAAUAACAGGUGGAGCUAGCAGCAGAACAUCCUUUAUUGAAUUGAGGCAACAUUUAGCUAUUGGCAGUGUCUGUAUAAAUAUGUAUCAAAUAUCAUAUACAUGGUACAAUGAUUCUUACUCUUAUAUACACCACAUUGUUUCUUUGUGAAGAGUAGUAAGUGCAUGUAAUAAUUGUAUACUCAUAAACAUCUAGAGUUAAUUGUUUACAGCUUCUGUAUAAACUUGCACAAAUAAUGCAUUAUAUAUAAUG